AUGAAAGGCAACCGCCGGAACCACCCGCCACCGCCCCCGUCGGCCAGCGGUGCAGCAGCAGCAGCAGCACCGGCAGUGGCGGCAGCGACAGAAGCGACGACAGCCAAUGGCGCCCUGCCGUCACCGACCUCCCCGUCCGCCAAAGGCACCGCCAAGUACACCAACAAGGAUGGCUCCAAGUUUAUCACCGUCCCCAAGAUUGGCAGCCCCGGGUCGCCAACGCCAUCAACCGAUGCCACUGCAACUGCACCACCGCUGCCAGCCCUCUCUCCGACGCGACCGUCACCCGAAGCGACUUCGACCGACAUGGCGGCCACGGCUUCGCAGGACGCUGCGGCCGCGCCGACGGCCGGCAACCGCAAAAAGGCCAAGCGAAGGGCCAAGGCGGCGGCACGAAAGGCUGAAGAGGACAGCGCGGCGGCCGCAGGGACAGUGCCCGGCGUGUCGUCCGCACCGCCACGUCCAGCACCGCCAAACGGCACCAACGGCGUGUACACCAUAGACCUGGGCGACAAGCCGACGACCGGCCCGACACCGAAACCGACACUGGCCCACCACGAAGCAGGUGACAGCGGCGACGAGGGCGACGACCACCACUACGGAUCGACGACGGCGGCAACAGACGCGCCGCCGACGUCUGUGCAGGCGGAGGGCACGGCGAGCAAAUCGAAAAAGUCCAAGAAAAAGAAGAAGAAGAAGAAGGACAAUGCGGCGGCCGGAGGCGAUGCGCCCGCGAAUCUGCAGCUUCAGCAUCCACACCAGCAACACCACGAUCCGUACCGUGCGCUGCCGCCAGCAAAGCAGCAGCAGCAGCAGCAGCCGCGGCCGUCGGCAUCGUCCAAGGAAAAGAUUUGGAACACCAACUCGCAAGAGGAGCGCCAGCGGAUCAAGGAGUUCUGGCUGGACCUGAGCGAGGACGAGCGCAAGUCGCUGGUCAAGGUCGAAAAGGACACGGUCCUCAAGAAGAUGAAGGAGCAGCAGAAGAUGACGUGCAGCUGCCACUUUUGCGGCCGUAAGAGGACCGCGAUCGAGGAGGAGCUGGAGGGCCUGUACGACUCGUACUACGAAGAGCUUGAGCAGUUUGCCAACGACCCGGCUGGCCAGCAGCAACAGCAGCAGCAGCAGCAGCAACGACAGCCACUACAAAAUGGCGGCCGACCGCCGGCGCUGACGGCCAGCGACAGUCGCUCUGGACACGGCCACUCGAACGGCCGCGACGCCGCCCACCCGCCUGCCCACGCACACAGCCACGCGCACCACCACCACCAACAUCACCCCGGACAUCGUUCCGGCUCGGCCUCGGGUCGUAGUCACCAGCCGUCGCGCGGCCGCAUCGUACGGCACGGUGACGAUGAGGGUGUGGACGACGAUGACGUGGACGAGGCGUACGCGGACGAAGAGGACGACGACGGCGACGAAGAAGGGGACUACGAAGAAGACGACGAGAGCGACGAGGACGACGACCUCGAUGACCCCGACGAGGUAGACGACGACGAGGACGACGAGGACGAAGACGACGAAGAAGACAUCCCGCCGGACGAGAUCCACCGCGACUACGCCAACGACUUUUUCAACUUUGGCAACUCGCUGCAGGUGCACGGCGGCAUCCUGACCGUCGCCGACGACCUGCUCAAGAACGACGGCCGCAAGUUUAUCGAGAUGAUGGAGCAGCUCGCCGAGCGACGUAUGGCGCGCGAGGAGGAUGCGAAAGAUCAAUACGCGGGCGGCGUCGGUGUCGGCGGCGGCGUCGGCGGCGGAGGCGGCCGCGGUGUCGGUGUCGGCGGUGCGAGCGGCUAUGGUCCGCCGGGCAUGAACGGCGGCGCCUACGGCCACAACCACCACCUUGCGUCCGAGGAAGAGGACUACGGGCCCGAAGACGAGGACGACGAGGACUACGGCAGCGAGGACGAGGAGUACGACGAAGAAGAGGUCAUAUUUGUUAGUAGAGCCAAGGACCAUGGUUUGUUUAUCGGUUUGGGUGCUAACGAACGUCGGUAG